AUGUCAACUUCAACUAUUCAAACAACUUCUAAAAAUGAAUUGGUCAAAUGGAUAAAUGAAACUUUUAAAGUAAUUGAUUUAUUCUCUAUAUUAUCAGUUAACUAUUACUUAAUUAGAGACUCUUGGCAGUGGUAGUACAUUUUGUUAGAUAUUUGAAUAUUUAUAUCCUAAUUCAAUUUAAGCAAAUAAAAUUCUUUGGAAAGCUAAUAAAGAAACUGAUUAUAUAAAAAAUUUCAAAACCUUAGCAGAUGCUUUUACAAAAUUUAAUAUUUAAAAAUAAUUAGAUGUAAGCUAUUUUAUUAAUUUAGAUCCAAUCUCUUUCAAAAGCAAAGUAUUUAGAUGUUUUGGAUUUAGCUUAAUUCAUGAAAUAAAAAUUUGAUAAAUAAGCAGAAAAGAGAGAAAAUUAUGAUCCUAUUGAAUUUAGAAAAUAAGAGGAAAGAAAGGUUUUUACUCCAACAAAUAGAAAAACUUUUUAAGCUCUAAAAGAUAAAACAAAUAAUGAGAACACUUAAACUGCUACUCAUUCUUUGUUAGUUAAAAGACCUCUUUCAAAAACAACCUCUUGGAAAACUACAAAAACUACAUAAACUAAAACCCCUGAACUAAGUUCAAUUACUGAUAUUCUAAAUAAUGCAGAAGACGAUGAGGCAACAAAAGUAAAGAAAAUAAAGUCACUAUUUGUCUGA